AUGCCAUCAUCAUCACCGCCAUCAUCGGUCAAAACCCGCCUGAUCUCGCGCCUAGAACACAUGACGUUCGCAUGGUUCACCUCGUCCAUGUCUCUCGGCGGGAUCGCCAACCUCCUCAUGUCGCGCAUCGUCGACUCGACUCCCUUGUACUACCUCGGAAGCUCGCUCUUCCUGCUCAACAUCGUCUACCUCCUCCUCCUCAUUUCGCUCCAAUUCGUCCGAUACAGCUUCACCGGCGCCUCGCUCAGCUACACACUCUCGCACCCGAUCGAGUGCUGUUUCGUCCCCACCUCGCUUCUCGCCUGCGCCACGGUCAUUAUCGGAAUCUUCAACGUCGUUGGUCAGGAAGCGAGAGCGGGGUGGGGGGUGUUGUUGUUGGUGUUCUUUUGGGUGUACUUCGUGUUGAGUCUGGUGGUGAGUUUAGUAUGCUACACGGCUCUGUUUAGGAGGAAGGAGCAGAGUCUGCAUCACAUGAACCCGGCAUGGGUGUUGCCGAUCUUUCCGCUCAUGCUGUGUGGAACGAUCGCGUCGGUCAUCCUGCCGUUGCAACGCGAGUCUGCCGGGAUGAGGGUGAUGGCGUUUGUAGGCAUGACCUGUCAAGGACUGGGAUUUACGGUGUCGGUGAUGAUGUACUCGGUGUUGCUGUUGAGGUUGAUGGUCAGCGGGUUUCCACCGGCGAAGGCGAGGAUCGGGUUGUUCAUGAACACUGGUCCGCCGGCUUUCACCAUCAUCUGCCUGCUCGGGUUGUCGGACGAAUCACCGCACUUCCUUCCCGAAACCCUCCCCGCCUACGCUCCGCAGGUCCUGCGGACAAUCGCCAUCGCUUCCAGCGUCUUUCUGUGGAGUCUAUCGGCUUGGUUUUACUUAUUCACCCUCGCCUCGCUGGUCGACGUACUGCUCGACAAGCAGUUGAGAAACGAGUUCGAAUUCAUCCUCGCUUGGUGGGCCAGCGUUUUCCCCGUCACCGGCUUCGCCCUUGCCACGGAUGCGCUGGCGGAUGAACUGGGAAGCAAAGCCUUGGAUGUUCUGUCGCAGGUUAUAGUGGGAUGGUUGUUGGCGACGUUCGUCGGUGUAGCAGGCAUGCACAUCCGAGCGGUGGUGAGGGGGGAUAUCAUGACCGAGGGUAAGGACGAGGAUAGGGUGAUCGAUACCAUGUACCACCGAUUCAGAGACGAGGAAGUCCCCGAACAGACUCCCGAGAAGAGUCCCGAGUCGAACCCUCCCACCUACCCUUCCACCCCAGCAAUGUCCGUGACGAGACUCGAUACCAAGGGCAAGGAACGGAGUCAGGACGCCGACGUUGAUGCCAUCGAUUCUCUCACGGAGAUCAGGGUCGGCGGAGGUUUGAGGAUGACACGAAUGGUGUCGAACGAGUAG